UAAGUCCCGACGUGCGUGAGCUUUCCAACUUCAGUAAGCUCUCGCUUCUCAUGUGUGCCGCACGCGCCCACGGAGACACUCACGAUCGCACUACACACACGAGAGCCGAGUACGAUUUUCUAACUUGACGCAAAUUUGGAGUAAAUUAUUAUUAUUUAAGUAUAUGUGUUAUAUUAUACAACGAGGAUAAUACUAGAGAAAAACUGUAGAAGUGUAUAAAGUGAAAUAUUUGAAUAUUUUAAACAGUUUGUGUUUGUUUGUUGAUUAAUGGUGACGACGAUGCCGCUCUUACAAGAAGCUACGCCGAAGCGAGAUCUCUUAGGUAGAGAAAUGCCCGAUGAAGAAUCGACAAUGAUCAGCCCACUGUCCUCGAUGUCAUUCCCGAACUUUGGCAACACGGCAAUGUUUACUCCGUCCCAGCUCCUGAUGGCGUCACAAAUGCUCGCCGCCAGCGGUCUUGCCCUCCCCCCGAAUCCAGCCUUCUUCCAUCCGGGUCUCUUCGCCGCCGGCUGGCCGGCAAACUCACCUCCCUCACCACCCACCUCCAACGAACAACUCUCACCAGCGUUAAAAACCCGCAAAACCAAUAAUAACAACAACGUUGUCACCUCGUCCAGCCACGAGAAGCAAGGCAAACGCAAAACGAAGAAACAAUGUGUUACUACACCUCUGAACACCCCGACGAUUUUACAUGAUGAAGUACCCAUUUCAUCACCAUCACCCACGUCGAGUUCCAGCCCACCAUCGGAAACUGGUAGUAUUACUAAGGAUACCACCGGGACAAGGGAUAAACAAUUCACAUGUGGAGUGUGCAACAGGAGUUUUGGGUAUAAACAUGUGUUACAGAACCAUGAACGUACGCAUACAGGUGAAAAACCCUUUGAAUGUCCACAAUGCCAUAAGAGGUUCACCAGGGAUCAUCAUCUCAAGACCCACAUGAGGUUGCACACAGGUGAAAGGCCAUAUCACUGCGAACAUUGUGAUAGACAAUUCGUACAGGUUGCUAACCUUAGGAGACAUCUCCGUGUCCACACUGGAGAAAGACCCUAUGCUUGUGAAUUCUGCCAAGCGAAAUUCUCAGACUCCAAUCAACUCAAAGCGCAUGUCUUAAUCCACACUAAUGAAAAACCCUUCGCUUGUGAACGUUGUCAAAGUCGUUUCCGUAGAAGGCAUCACCUCUUACACCACAAAUGCGGAGCUAGUCCCACUAGUCCCACAAUGGUCCAACCCAAACACGAAUCUGAAUCAGAAGAAGAACGCAGCAGUCCAUUGAUGAUGAAUGUCAACAUGAUGAUCAAUUCAAGAGUUCCCAAGUUGGAACCCAUAGGAUAUCCAAUGCAGCAUAUCCCUGAACAGACAGAACCCGAGGAUCUGUCCAUGAGUACCGGGAUGCAUUCCCAUUCCAGUGGGGAGAGUCCCAUGUCAAGGUCACCUGCAAGUCGGGAUGACCCUGAUGAACCCUCUGAAGAGUUUGAUAUUGAUGUGGAUGUUGCUUCUCCACCUCCAUCAACACAACAAAGACAAAGGCAUCAUGUCCUAGUCCAAUAGAUUACAAUACACUUACGGGUAAUAGUCAUAGAUAUAUAUUGACCAAAACAUUAAAUUUAAGCCAUUCCAUUGAGGGCUAUGAUUAAUUAAGUUACCAUUAUCUACCAAACUAUAAUAGUUAUGUUAUGAUUUGAUAUUUUUGACUUGUUCACACAUUUACGCUAUAAGUUUAACGAAUAAUGAUUAUUGUACAUUGUACAGUCAGGUAUACAAGUUCCUCAUUACAUUGCGUAGUAUUUCUCUCUCUCUCUCUCUUUCUCUCUUGAUAUAUAAAUUUAGUAAACUAAAUAUUAUUUCUUGUGUUUUUGACGUUAUUGAUGAUGGAUGAUUGCCACACCGGUGUGAAGAUAGUUGUAUAGUUGUAAAUAAGUUUUGUUAUGUAUUUUUGUAAAUUUUCAAAAUGGCGGAAAAAAAUGGCAUGGCGUGUCUCAACAUCACCACCACGUGUAACGGUAUCGAAAUGCAUAUACAGUAAGAUGAUACUUUGGACCUUUCGAUACCGUUGGAUGUUUUUUUGAUUUUCUAUUGAAUUUGCGAAAAAAAAAACACGCCGCGUGUAGGUUAGUAGGUUAGGGUUACCAUUGUGUUAUAUUAUAUAGAUUUAUCUGCAGGCGCGCGCGCGAAAAAAAUUUGAAGAUUGGCUGAGGUGAGACCGACUGAGAAAACUGAAUAAAGGGCGGAA